AUGUCACAUAUAUACUACCAACCGCCUGAUGAGGCCAUUCAAGAAGAUUAUGGCUCCGACGAGGGGCCAGCUAACCACGGCGAAGGCAAAGACUGGGACGAAACCGAGUUGGAACUGUGCGGUGCCAUUCACAUCACCUCCCCGUGUGACCUCACUGGCGAAGUCCACCCCAUCCUCAGCAACUGGAUCCCAGCACCAUCAACACCCAGCGACGAUGGCCCCUCCGAUGAGGUCCUCAUCCCGGAACUCCACCAACCCCUGCUACUCGCCAGCCGCAUCCUCGAGCGUGAGGCCUUGCCCUGGUUCUCAGACUUCUUCAUAGAGGAUAUAUUCUCCCCUUCCUACGCCGGUUAUCUGCGCCCCUUUGUCGAAAACGACCGGCAAAAGGACCAAGACAAAACCCCCUUGGUGAUUGUCCGCCAUCACAAAGCCCGUUGGGCCACACCUGCAAUGCGCCAGUACUGGUGUCAGCUUGCUGCCGAGAAGCUUCGGAGUGAGGAGCUCACCAGCCGGGUUAGAUGGAGUUUAGAUGACAGUAUUGUACACACCAAACGGGCGUAUGGAUAUACACCCCGGUAUCCUCACACUCCGGGGGAAAAGCACAAGAUCGACUUGCCUGACUUGAUCAUUGAGUAUGACAAGCUAGCCAAGUUGAGGGGGGAAAAGGGGAGAACUCUGACGGUGCUGCUCAUGAGGCCGUUCGCGAGGAGGUUGUAUGACCUGAGGGUGAUGGGGGGACGAGGUCGGGAGGAAUACUGCAGGACGGCGUUUAUGGCUGCUGUUACCAUGCUUCAUGAACUUGCCCAUGUCAUUUACUGGCAGGACUUCCGGGCUAUGAACAGACGGUUAUACGAGCCGUUCUACGGGGGGGAUCUAGAAAUGGAACUGGGCGACAGUUUGAUCGCGUCAAUUUUUGGAGGUUGGACGCCGGUGUUAGUCAACUGGACUCCUGGGUGGCAUUUCAACCCAACAUUUCAAGACGGUAUCGCAUGGUGCCAGUGCUUGAACUGGGACUAUCAUACGAAGAGGCCGCGGUACAGGGCUCAUUACUCCAUACGCGUGGACUAGUGAGUUUCAUAUCCGAUGACAUGGUCAAGAGAGGAGAUACUAAGUACUGUUAUGUCAUUAGCAUCGCCGCUCUUUUUAACAGCCGCAGCUGGCAAACGCGGUCCGCAAAGGGUCUUGUUCGGCCGUCGACGCUUCAGAAAGCCUGUAUUAGACGCACCGAACUCGACCAAAGGAUAGCCGACGAAGGUUUGCAUGCUUCUGCUGCGAUCAGUGACUUUGAAGAGGAAGAAAAGUGCUGUAAAUGGAGAAGACCUCCAGCGACAUUUUUCCGCGUUCCGGCCUACGCUGACGAAGUUUUUUCCGACGACGUCAUCAGUCGAGUCUUUCAUGGCUUAGAGCAUCUCGGGCUCCUUCCACCUGAGCCAGAGGCUGUCGACAUCUCAAUGCCUUGGAAGUACCGAGAAUCCUGAUGCUCUACUAGCCUGCCAGGUAGGAGCAUGCGAGAACGGGAGGCUUAUAACGGGCUCCUAUGUCGACACACGGGACGAAACCUAGCUAGACUUGCCCUGGCCAUACCCGGCAGUCAGUCUCAGCUUGUGCUGCUCGGGUACAAGGAGCAGACGAGGCCGGUAGCUUCGUGAGUCCGGUGCUUGGGCACCGAUGGGUACACUACGAUCAGAGGUUACAGCGGCCCUCCUUAUCUCGGCAUGUAGCUCAAGCGAAGCAAGCUUGAUGCAAGUUUCCGUCAUGAUAGAUCAGUAUCUACUCGGAAAUAAAAGCUCUUGCUUGCCAUUUCUGCAAGUUCAGAAGCAAGGUGUUGCGGUGUUGUCUGUAUCUUAUCUGGGGGACAUUGGUGUGCCGUCUCUUCCAUAUGUCCAGUUGUUAGUUCGUGACUUCCUGCGUACCAAGUAGGACAGUCUGUACGUCCUCAUAAUGUUCACGAUGAGUGAGCCGAAGGAUCUGGCCGAGUUGAGCCCAGUGGAUGCAAGCCGGCAUACGGCAUAUGCAAAGGCUUAGGAGACAAUGCGAGUCGACGUGACCUGCAGGAGAGGUGACGGGCUAGCAGGCAGAGAGCUAGGGUUCAUCCGGCUUGCGAGGAGAUGCAGGCCGAUAAGGCUCUGGCUCGCCAUUGCGCCUGGGCGAGAAAUCGUCAUACGAAGGGUUGUCUUGCAGCGUCACAGCACUGCAGUCGGAAGCCGCUUGCUUGUGUAGCUUGUGCCAAUCCUCAGGGGUUCAUAGCUGCUCACCGACAACUGUCCUGACAGCACGGCCACCGAAACAGUAGCCCGGUGUCGGCGCACGCUUAGGUUGCUUCAACGGGUGGUGGAUGACACCCAUAAGAUUAAGACGAAAAAAAGGCCGGAUGGCGUUGUCGCAUUCUUCUAAGCGGCGUUAAGGAGACCAAACAAACAUUUGACCGAGUCACCGCUUCCCGCUGUCAACCUUGGCGCCGUCGAAGCUGCCGAGUUGCGGCCGAUAAUAGAUCGUCAUCGAGAUGACCCAAAGGAAGAGCAUUCGUAACAUGGACUGACUGGCUGUAUGCAAUGUAGUAAUCAGGCUGUUGUGAGAGAAUUUGGAUUGUCGUGCGUGGCCGAGCGAGAUAGACCGAGAUAAGAACAUUAUCAGAUCACCAACUGAUAAGGAAACGGACGACGGGCCGUGUCUCUCUCGACGAGCACCUAGGUAAUGGAUGCC